UCUCUCCCUCUCUUUUUUUCUUUUUUUUUUUCUCCUUUCCCCUAUGUGUGGGGGGGGAAAGUGCGGAGAAGAGCUUCUUUAGAGUGUAGAUAGUUUGGAGGGAGAGACGGAGGGCAAGUGUGUGUGUGCGAGAGAGAGAGAGAGAGGGAGGGAAAGAAAAAGACCCCUUUUACUGUGCGAGAUCUUAAGGGGGUUUGGAGAUCUGGUUAGCUUUCAAGAACAUCUGAAUCCUCUUAGAGCUCCCUGGCCCAGCUGUGUGUGUGUGUGUGUGUGUAUGCGAAAGGGAGAGAGAAAGAGAGGUUCCUGGUGCCCCUCCAAGCGCAUUAAGGACACUCGGGCCUUUUAAUUUUAGGAAUGAAUGCUGAUACUUGUGUUUCUUAUUGUGAUCCGGCUGCCAUGGAUUCCUACUACAACGCAGCCUCCCAGGGCACAGAAGGCUCCUCGCCUUUUAGGGCAUUUCAAGCAAGUGACAAGUUCAGCCCUACUUUCCUGGCCAGCAAAGGACAAGGCUUUGGUGACAGCAGCACUAAGUGCCGGAGCCGCUACAGCCAGCAGGAAUGCCAGUCCCUGGAUGGCAGCGUGCAGGCUCCCGGCUCUGCCGGGGCUCCGGCCUCCUUUAACAAAUACCCUCCGCAGCAGCAGCAGCAGCAACAACCACCGCACCUCUACAUGCAGCGAGGCCCCUGCAAAACCCCCCCGGAGAGCAACCUCAAGCUGCAAGAGAGCAGCGGUCACAACGGAGCUCUGCAGGUCUCUUGUUACGCGGGUGACCUGAGCAAUGGAACGAGGAGAGGUGUAGAGGUUGGGGGAAACAACCUGCCGCUCUCAGGUAAGGAGAGCAGUUUGGGAGAGGCCGAGUUGCAGCCGAGCUCCGACCCUUCGGGAAUGGACAGCAGCUACCUCAGCGUGAAGGAGGCCGGGGUGAAAGUGCCCCAGGACAGGGCCAGCACGGAUCUCCCCAGCCCCAUGGACAAGGCCGACUCGGAGAGCAACAAGGGCAAAAAGCGGAGGAACCGCACCACCUUCACCAGUUACCAGCUGGAGGAGCUGGAGAAGGUCUUCCAGAAGACCCACUACCCAGACGUCUAUGCCAGGGAGCAGCUAGCCAUGAGGACAGACCUCACCGAGGCUCGCGUACAGGUGUGGUUUCAGAACCGGCGAGCGAAAUGGCGCAAGCGGGAGCGGUUCGGUCAGAUGCAGCAGGUCCGGACUCACUUCUCCACCGCCUACGAGCUGCCCCUGCUCACCCGUGCCGAGAACUACGCCCAGAUCCAGAACCCGUCCUGGAUAGGCAACAACGGAGCCGCCUCCCCCGUGCCCGCCUGCGUCGUCCCCUGCGAGACGGUGCCCUCCUGCAUGUCCCCCCAUGCUCAUCCCCACGCGGCCGGCGGCGUCUCCGAAUUUCUCGGCGUCUCCGGUCCCGGCAGCCACGUGGGACAGACUCACAUGGGCGGCCUCUUCGGUACGGCCGGGAUGAGCCCCGGCCUCAACGGCUACGAGCUGAACAGCGAGCCGGACCGCAAGACCUCCAGCAUCGCUGCCCUGAGGAUGAAAGCGAAGGAGCACAGCGCCGCUAUCUCCUGGGCGACAUGACAGGGUUCCAGCCCAGCGCCCGCGAGACGCGGAGAGAGCGCACGGGGACAGCCGAAUAAAUCCAUCCGCUUGGACUCCAGACAGCAGUUGCCUCCUCGGGGAUCUGAAUGCAGCACUUUUAGCUACCCUAGGCGUAUAAAGUACAUAUGUUAACGUAAGUGGAGCGUUUCCAGCGUGAACGCGGCAGCUUCUGGCUUCGUCGGAGCAGGUGGGGAGAGGGAGGCUGUGGAGCGGCACCUCUUCCAGUGAGAUCUGGGACGGGAUGCGUCCCCUCUCGCUGCCGCCUCCCCAAUAACCUGGGCAUUUUUUUUCUCCCCGCUCCUUUUUCCGACACCAGAUCUGCCUUUCCAAAGAGCCCGCUGGCAUUUCAGUGGUUUCUCCCAUCCCAUCUCCCCCCCCCCCCCCCCCCCCCCCCCCCCAAUUUGUCGACAGUGUUGCUCAGAUCUGUUCUGCCCUGGGCAGGGGACUGGAUGGGGACUCUGGCACCAGCAAAGAGCCACCUCUCAGGCUGCUCCCGUCCUCUUAGCAGGAGCCAUGACUUCCCACAGCUGAGCGGGGAACAGGGCUGGGAAGAUACCCGAGGCUAGAAAGAAGGCAACCUCCUUCUACCCUGCUUCCUCCCCGUCUUGCCAUCUGAGAUGAAGCCCAGAGCCGUAGAUGCCCGUGAAGGGAAUGCCUCUCUUCCCAACGCAGCACGGUCGGGAGUCUUUGCCGGCCCUCCGGUCGCCCAGCCGGAGAUACACCCCAGCAGACGAUAGCUUCCCAGCACGG